GCCGCAGGUCACUCGUAAAAAUAAAGGGAGAAAGCCAUAACAAUGUGUCAAGGUAUUGGAAAACACGAGGGGGCCGGGCAAUAAUCCGUGAGUCGCGGGCCAACCAACCGCCAACCGGUGCGCUGGCUGCAGAGGGAUAACGUGCAAAUCAAGCAAGGCAAGACACGAACAUAGCGAACAACGGUUGACGCGUACAGACACCGAUGGUUUGAGGAGUUUGGCGUAUGCGUUACAUAUUUUGGCAUGUCAUUGUGACUCGUUAUUAUUUGAAGAAUACAUAUCUUUAGCACUUCACCUUCAAGGCACAAUUACAUGAGCGUGUGAAGCGGGUGACUGGACAUGGUCUUCUGUCUAACUAGCCGAAGAUUUCCUCGAAGGUCUCUUUGAUAAUUCCGUGCGCCAUCACUGAGUUUGAGAAGCAGACAGUCGCUCAGAGUUUGGGACCAGGGAGAUUCCGAAGGAGAGAGAGAACAUUCAUGUUAUUUCUCAGAUCGUUGGAGAACAGCUGUGUGAUGCUGUGGCUGCUGGUCCUUGUCCUGCCCGGGGUAGCAUGCAGUGCCCUGACCCAGAACCUUCUACAGCCAGACAAUGACCACAGAGACGGUCGCAGUUGCAAAUGAGAACUUGUUCUCAACUAGCCUACCUGGUUAAAUAAAGGUGCUGUUGCCGUGAUGACACGGCCCCACAUCAACUACUGCCGCUCGCCCAACAUGGAGGUCUUCACCUGCUGGUGGCAUCCCCUUGACAUCAACUCCGAGAGUGACGACAACAUCACCUACAGCCUCACCUACUCCUUAGAAAAGGGGCCAAGGCGUGAGUGUCCAGACUAUGUAACGGGCGGCCCCAACAGUUGUCACUUUGACAGAGGCCACACAUCCAUCUGGACCAGAUACUGCAUGAACGUGAUGGCCAGGACCUCCCACGGAGUGUUCAGCUCCAAGGACCACUGUCUGGACGUGGCUGAUAUAGUGGAGACAGAGGCUCCGGUUAACUUGACCUACACCCUGUUGAACGAGACGGAGGAGGAAGCUGGCCGCACCGCCAUGGUGUCCUGGGUUUACCCCAAUCCCUCCCACAUCCAGUACGGUUGGAUCACCCUGGUCUUCGAGCUGCAGUACCGACGCAUCGCCGAGACCAACAACUGGAAGGUGAAGGGCUUGCUGAGAGAGCCUUGUCUGGAGCUGCUGGAUCUGCCGGUAGGAGAGUACAUUGUCAGGGUGAGAUGCCGUUCCCGCAACAACGGCCUCUGGAGCAAGUGGAGCACCCCUCUCCUACUCUGUGUCCCAGUCAAAUCUACCCCCGGUGCUGUUGCCGUGACGACCCGGCCCCACAUCUACUACUGCCGCUCGCCCAACAUGGAGGUCUUCACCUGCUGGUGGCAUCCCCUUGACAUCAACUCCGAGAGUGACGACAACAUCACCUACAGCCUCACCUACUCCUUAGAAAAGGGGCCGAGGCGUGAGUGUCCAGACUAUGUAACGGGCGGCCCCAACAGUUGUCACUUUGACAGCAGCCACACAUCCAUCUGGACCAUAUACUGCAUGAACGUGAUGGCCAUAACCUCCCACGGAGUGUUCAGCUCCAAGGACCACUGUCUGGACGUGGCUGAUAUAGUGGAGACAGAGGCUCCGGUUAACUUGACCUACACCCUGUUGAACGAGACGGAGGAGGAAGCUGGCCGCACCGCCAUGGUGUCCUGGGUUUACCCCAAUCCCUCCCACAUCCAGUACGGUUGGAUCACCCUGGUCUUCGAGCUGCAGUACCGACGCAUCGCCGAGACCAACAACUGGAAGGUGAAGGGCUUGCUGAGAGAGCCUUGUCUGGAGCUGCUGGAUCUGCCGGUAGGAGAGUACAUUGUCAGGGUGAGAUGCCGUUCCCGCAACAACGGCCUCUGGAGCAAGUGGAGCACCCCUCUCCUACUCUGUGUCCCAGUCAAAUCUACCCCCGAUAAGCUGCUGGCUCUGCUUUUGGUGACCGGUGUUGGGGUCAUGUUGUUGCUAGUCAUCGGCUUUGGAAUUAUCCUACAGGGCAAGAGGAUAAAAGCAUUCCUUCUGCCUCCAAUUCCCAAACCACGCAUCAGAGGCAUCAAUCCCAUGCUUCUGAAGAAAGGGGGCUUUGAUGAGAUCAACCGUCACUUCAUCUCCUUCCAUGGCUAUAAGCCCCCAAGCUACAGCGAGGAGGAGGUCUGGGACUCUGUCAGCAUGGACGACAACCAGUCUCUCCAGGAUCCCCCGGGGGCCCUAGCAGUCCAGAAGGAGGAUUAUGAUAUGGCCAUCCACAGCCAACUACUGGUCCAGACCACCUCCAGCCACGCCCCUUAUACUCCAGUCCCCGUCUCAUACACCCCAGUCCCCGCCCCUUACUGUCAGGCUCCAGUGGAAGCCUUCCCGACCCCGUGGGAAUGGCCAACAGCAAACCCCGACCAGCCAGAACUUCUGGUCUUCCCGGGCACUGACUACAGCAUGAUGGUGGAUCCCACCCCUGUCCCGCCUUCGGACCAGCAGGCCCCACCCCCAUCAUCCACCCAGGGCUUCUACACGUGCGUGAACAUGCUGGGUGACAACGGACAAGUGCAUCUGGUGCCCUGCCUGCCCAACCACCUAAAACACAGCCCCUACGUACAGCUGGAGGAGGAGCUAGAGGAAGGAGGGCUGGAGAAGAGAAGCCAGUUAGAUGACUACCUGGCUAAGAAGAUGGAGGCAGUAGCCAACGGGAGUGCUCUGGGAGAGACAGUGGUAGAGACAGAGAUGGAGACAGAGUGUGUGGAGCAGAGUGAAGUGGCUGUGCCCUUACUGCCUGGAACCACUGGCACACAGGGCAACAUGGUGUGACCAGUUAGCACACACAUUCACUCGCACACACACACACACACACACACACACACACACACACACACACACACACACACACACACACACACACACACACACACACACACACACACACACACAGCAACAGGAAUUACUCCAGGCUAAAAUGAGGAUGUUAACUCAUGGAUGGACCUUUUUAUAUACCUCCUUAAUAUACUAACAUAAUGAUGUGUUUUUGUGAGUGCACCGGCCUGGGACAUGAGUCCUUUGUGUCUACCCCCCCCUCCCUUGCCUGCCAAAUGACAGUGACACUGCUGGACAGACACUGCUGCCACCUCCAUUCACUGCUGAUAUGGCAGGGACCAUGUUCUGACUACAUUCUCUCUGCGGGGAAUCAGAGAUGAAGCAUUUGACUGUGAGGUUUUCUUUCAGAGCAGAGCCAAGGUCGGGAUACAAGAUGGAUUCCUUUUGACGCAGAAAAUCUGACAAGAUGAAAAAAAAAAACUUGCAAAGUGUCUUGAACAAUAACAAUAGAUUCUCUGUAGAACUACAACUGUUGUUGUGUGGACUGAGUCACUGAAAGGUCAAUAUACUCACCUGUUCUUCGGUCCAAUCUUGUUAGAAAAUAAUGCCUGCGAACUCUCUUGUUGUUGGAUGUAGAAUUAAUGACCAACCAUUCUGUGAAAGACGCUUCGAUUUUUAACAGUCAGGUUUUAGGGCUCUGUGAACUCAUUUCAUUGGAUUUCGGUGAAAAGUUUGACGAAUGCAAGAAUAGCAGUUGUACUUCACUGAGACCAGGCAUAGCCGUUCUGAGGCCCUGGCAGAAGUUAGCCUGCAUUUAGAGAACAGUGGAGCACACCAAAGAUCUGAACACCCAGACCAAGAGAGCAGUACACUUCUUCAAAUAUAAAUGCAGAGAGAAAUUAUUGUAAUUAUUAGAAUGAAUGAAUUACAGAGGAAAUACUUUAAUAUAUCAAAUGCACUAUUGACGAGAAAUAUAACGAGGCAAUGUUAUAAUAAUAAUAAUAAUGAUAACAGUAAAGUACACUUAGAAAGUGAACAGUCUGGGUUCAAUCCAUGAACUAAAUCCCAGAUUUAACUGUAUGCUUCAUACUCAGGAACUCAACCAAGCAUACAGUAGUUAGUCAACCCAGUAAAGGUGCAAUCUACUUUCAGUCCCGUGUGACGGCACAACCAAGCAUACAGUAGUUAGUCAACCCAGUAAAGGUGCAAUCUACUUUCAGUCCCGUGUGACGGCACAACCAAGCAUACAGUAGUUAGUCAACCCAGUAAAGGUGCAAUCUACUUUCAGUCCCGUGUGACGGCACAACCAAGCAUACAGUAGUUAGUCAACCCAGUAAAGGUGCAAUCUACUUUCAGUCCCGUGUGACGGCACAACCAAGCAUACAGUAGUUAGUCAACCCAGUAAAGGUGCAAUCUACUUUCAGUCCCGUGUGACGGCACAACCAAGCAUACAGUAGUUAGUCAACCCAGUA